AUGUCUACAGCUCAUAGACCAACAUGGGACCCAGCUCAAGCGCGAGAUGUCAAAGGAGGCUCGCGGCAAGUCUCUGUGAGGGACAUGCCUUCCCAUACCAAGCUCAAAUUCCGACAGAUUGGCCAAACAUCCACUUCAGAAGUGGAUAAACGAGAUUUACGUGCAGAGCUGCUUGCUGCGGAACAGGAAGCGAGGAAUAAAAAGCGAAAGGCGGAAGGUUUACCUCUAGAAGUGGAGGAUACACCCGCCCCAGUAGCGGACGACGAAACAAAUAAGCGGCGGAAGUUGCUACAGGACGCAAUUGAGCUGGACAAAGAUGAUGAUGAGGAGGAGGAGGAGGAAAAUGAGAAGGAGACAGAACGGAAAAAAGGGCAGGACGAUAAUGAGGACGAUAAUAGUGACGACGACGAGUCAGAUGAGGAAGACGACACUGCAGCACUUCUGCGCGAACUGGAAAAAAUAAAACGAGAACGAGCGGAAGACAAGGCCAGAUUGGAACGAGAGCAAUCUGCGUCGGAGGCUGCGUCAAGAGAAAUAGAUAUUGCUACAGCGAAUCCGUUGUUGAAUCUAGCUGCUGCUCUGGGACAACCGACGAAUAUCAACACCACAGCGCCUGGAACGUUUGCCGUUAAGAGACGCUGGGAUGACGACUUAAUAUUCAAAAAUCAAGCCAUGAGUUCACGAGAUAAACCUCAAGGUCAGUUCGUAAAUGAUUUGUUGCGGACAGAGUUCCACAAGAAAUUCAUGUCCAAAUUCAUCAAAGGUUUGCAGUUGGAAUUGUAUAUUGUUCGCUGA